CGCAGGAACUGGCAGGAAGCCAGAAACGACCAGUCCAACAACUCUCGCCAAGAGACCUCUGCCAUCCACCCAGCAUUCGAAGCUCGACAACAGCAACUUCCGCCCUAUCGCUCCAGCGGCCUAGCAAGCCCCCAAAUCUACCCGGCCCCUCGAAAGCAUUUCCGACUAGAAUUGUCUGCUCCCGGCUGAGCCCUUUUUAGAGUUUGGGAGGCAUUUCAAUUCCAGGCCACUUUCCAAAAUUCGCCAUGGCGCAAGAUCACCAGGCCGAUCGGAUAGUAGCCAACUACCUAAAGAACAGAGGAUAUCAGCAGACUGAAGCCGCUCUGCGAAAGGAGGCGCCCGGAACUGCAGCAGGACAGGCAGGCUCGUCCUCCUCGAACGCAUGGGCACCUCGAAAUGGAGCUAAAGUGUCGAUACCCGACUAUAUCCUCUUCCACAACGAGAACGAGGCCAAUAACCCGAGUGGAUACCAGCAGAGCUAUGGGCGGCUUCGAAAAUGGAUAGACAAUUCGAUUGACAGAUACAAGCUCGAACUGAGGAGAGUGCUGUUCCCGAUAUUCGUUCACGCGUACCUAGAUCUUGUCGAGAGGGGGCUCCGAGAGCAUGCGAAGAACUUCAUGGAGGCUUUCAAGGCGGAUCAUGUUGAGCUGCAUAACCAGGAUGUUUUACGGUUGAGCGCCGUCACUGAGCCGCAACACGUCGCAGAGAACGAAGUCGCGCAGAAUUACAAGUCGAGCUCGUUUCAUUUGCGGAUGAGCCAGUACUGCUUUGAACUGCUGUUGUCCUUCCUGCAGGACAACAAGUUUAUGCUCAUUCUGAGAAUAGUCAACGAGCAUGUCAGCAUACGCAUAGAUGCGUUGGAAGCUGAUGCCUCUGACAAUGAAGGAGACAUCGCAGCGGAGGGAGACGGGUCUGGCGACAAAUCCACUGAUUCCCAGAUCGAGUUUCAAACAAUAACGAAACUGCAGCUAGGGAAACUUCCACCAGAUCAACCCUUUUACGCUGAGAUGGAGCGUCAAAUCAAACUAGAGCAGCCUCCAGACGCAGCUGAGCUGCUGAACGAAAUCGAGAAAGUAAAGCAGGAGCCAAGAGUAGACGCACCGUCAAUCCUAUACCCGCCGCGAAAACUUCUUGACAUCCCUGCCGCCAUCAAUGAGCUCCGCGAGGUCCGAAAUCGCGUCCACAUCACAGCACAGACACCAGUAUCAAUAUGCGCAUACACCUUUCACAACACAUAUGGCGAUCUUCAAACACUCACGAUUUCGCCAGACGCAUCGAAAGUGGCCGCGGGGUUCAGAGACUCCUUCAUUCGAAUGUGGCAUCUCGAUGCUCACGAGAGGCACGGGAUGAAUCCUGGCCCGCGCUCGCAAGUUGACAAAGCACCGAAGGAAUCUCCAGCAAUCCGCCGCCUUAUCGGCCACACUGGCCCUGUUUACGCGACGAGCUUCAGUGCUGAUCAAAGAUAUCUGGUAUCAAGCUCGGAAGACCAGACCGCCCGACUAUGGAGCCUUGACACGAUGUCGAACGUUGUUGUGUAUAAAGGGCACAACUAUCCGGUCUGGGAUGCGUCAUUCAGUCAACAGGGGUGGUACUUUGCAACCGCAUCCCAUGACAAAACGGCUAGGCUGUGGAGCUGUGAUCAUAUUUACCCUUUGCGGAUAUUUGUGGGGCACCUGGCGGACGUCGACACGGUGCGCUUUCAUCCCAACGGCGCAUACAUUCUCACCGGUUCGUCGGACCGCACCGCCCGAUUAUGGAAUGUGCAGUCGGGAAAUUGCGUGCGAUCAUUCAGAGGCCACCAUGGAUCUGUCCAGACCGUCGCGUUCGCACCUGAUGGACGGACCAUUGCAACCGCGGGCGAUGACCGAGCCAUCAUGCUGUGGGACCUUUCCUCUGGGAAGCGCAUCAAAAAAAUGAUCGGGCACACCGACAUGAUCUACUCUCUCGAAUUUAGUCAAGAUGGUGCAAUACUGGCGUCGGGGGGCGCAGACAACACCGUGCGGAUAUGGGACGUCAAGAAGGCUGACACGAAAGAGAUUGGAGGAGUGAAGAGGAAUGCGCAGGGGAAUAUCAUUCAACGGCCGCCGCAGUCGCUAGUGAGCACGUACCCGACGAAGCAGACGCCCAUAUAUAGCUUGCGGUUUACUAGAUCGAACAUCUUGAUCGCGAUGGGAGCAUUUACCGUAGGGUAGGAUCGAAGGGAGGGGAGAUGCCUCUUGGAGUUUGGAGACUCCGCCGCUGUCAUGCAUGUGCAUAGUGGGUUGGCGUGGAGUGGCCACUCCUUUCUGCUCGCCAAAUUUCAUUGACGUGAUGCGCAAAUAAUGGUGGCUCCUGUUCAACCGUCGU